AGAGGACACGGACACCAACAGGGACACAGCCACUGGGGAGGACACGGACUCCAGCAGGGACAGGGACAGGGACACCGGUGGCUCUCCGGGCCCAGGGAAGGUGGCACCUCACACCCAGCCGGUGGCACAGGGGCCACCGAGCUGGUCCAUGGUGGAAGGCGAUGUUCCCGGUGCCCAACAGCACAGCAGAGGUGUGGACUACUGAGGCAGCAUGGCUGGAGCUGGAGCGGUCACCCUGCAUGGUCGGCGUCAUCCCCAUCGUGUAUUACAGCGUCCUGCUGGGGCUGGGGCUGCCAGUGAACAUCCUGACCGCCGUGGCCAUGUUCCGCCUGGCCAGAAGGACCAAGAAGUCAUCAUACUGGUACCUGCUGGCCCUGACCACCUCCGACAUCCUCAGCCAGGUCUUCAUCAUCUUUGUGGGCUUCAUCCUGCAGACAGCCAUCCUGGCGCGGGCUGUGCCCAGCGCCUUCAUCCACACCAUCAAUGUCCUAGAGUUCACGGCCAACCACGCUUCCACAUGGGUCACGGUCCUGCUGUCCCUGGACCGCUAUGUGGCCCUCUGCCACCCGCUGCGGUACCGCACCAUCUCCUACCCACAGCGCACCCGCAAGAUCAUCGCGGCCGUCUUUGCUGUGGCCCUGGCCACGGGCAUCCCCUUCUACUGGUGGCUGGACAUGUGGCGUGAUGCCGACCCCCCCACCACCCUGGACAUGGCGCUCAAGUGGGUGCACUGCAUCACCACCUACUUCUUGCCCUCUAGCAUCUUCCUGGCCACCAAUUCCGUCAUCAUCUGCAAGCUGAAGCAGCGGAGGCGCUCGGGGGGUGGCCAGCCCCACACGAGCAAGACCACAGCCCUCCUCCUGGCCGAAACCACCGUCUUCAUCGUGCUCUGGGCUCCCCGGACCAUCGUCAUGAUCUGCCACCUCUACGUGGCCUCGGUCAAGAGGGACUGGCGCGUGCACUUGGCCUUGGACAUCGCCAACAUGGUGGCCAUGCUCAACACCGCCCUCAACUUCUUCCUCUACUGCUUUGUGAGCCAGACCUUCCGCCGCGCGGUGGGCGAGGUGCUCCGGGCCCACAUCCGGCACGGCUGCCGGCACGGCAGCGCCCGCUUCCCGCAGCCAGCCCUCAAACCGCUGCAGGCGGCGGCUGGCACAGCCCUCUGAGCCGUGCAUCACACCGGGACCUGGGGAGACCCUGCCCCAGGGAUGCUGCCCCUUGUCCUCCAUCCCGGGGAACCCAGCGGGCAUGGCUGCCUCGUGGUGAGGGGUGAUGGGUGCAGGUGAGCUGCUCCAGCCCUGCUGAGGGUGCGGUGCUGGUGGGAUGGUCCUUCCUCCAUAAACUG